GAAAGAGAAGGAGGAGUGACAGAAAGGAAAAGAAAAGAGGGAAGAAAGAGACUCAUUAAGCCAAGUUCCUCUCAGCACUCGUUCUGGUACAUAGACUCUCUCUCUGACGUUCUUUCUCUCUAUCUCUCUCACACACACACCACACACACACACUCAAAAACACAAAGCAGAAGUGGACAAAGACACACGGUUUCAGUCGCCACGGUUGGCUAUGGCUCAGGGCUCUGACAGCAAUGACACAAGUUACAAGUCCCCAUCACCUGGCAGCAGGCCGAGCUCCUCAGAUGAUGCGAAGAAGGUGAUCCGGCGAGAGAAGAACCGGAUCGCUGCUCAGAAGAGCAGGAUGAGGCAAACUCAGAAAGCUGACAGCCUCCACUUGGAGAGUGAGAACCUGGAGAAGGAGAACGCUGCCCUGAGGAAGGAGGUGAAGCAGUUGACAGAGGAGGCCAAGUAUCUCACCUCCGUGCUGAACAGUCACGAACCUCAGUGCACCGGUCUGGCUCUGCAAACCCCCGACCUCCUCUACCCUCCUCAUCACAGCAGCUACCACCAUCAGCACAUCACUGUACCACACUACCAGCACUGACCUGACUGACUACUGAGGCGGCCUGAGGGCGUGCUGCGAACAGAUGACUGACCUCAAUGGAGAGAAAGACUGACUGGAGAUGUGUCAAUAAGUGUUGUUCAAAACUGAGGAGUAUAACAGGCCAACAUGUCUGCCAAACAAUGACAGUAUGGACCCCAAACUGUAACAAGCAGUGUUGAAAAGUAUUUAUUUGUGCUUGUGUUCAUCUCUUUGCUUUUACCUGAUUAAUAUCAGUGAUCUGUGUGUGAACUUAAAGGUCCAGUGUGCAGGAUUUAGGGGGGAUGUCAUGGCAGAAGUGGAAUAGUAAUAAAUAUGUUUUCUUUAGUGUUUCAUCACCUGAAAAUAAGAAUCAAUGUGUUUCCGUUACCUUAGAAUGAGCUGUUUAUAUCUACAUAGGGAGUGUGUCCUCGUCCACGGAGACGUUUCUACACUAGCCCAGAACAAACAAACCAAACCCUGGCGCUAGAAUGGGCCAUUCGCAUUUUCGUGUUGGCCACCAUAUUUAGCAGCCCCUCCAUUAUGAGCAGCACCGGAAAAACAGUUAUUUUUAACAUGAAACUGCUUGAUUUAUUGUUUUGUUCCAGCUAAAAUCACCAGGUCCAUUAGUUUUGGUGAGGAGGAGACCUCUGUGGAUAAUUUGGCUCCUGGUGAAAACCUCCUGAAUGUCUGGAUCUUAAGUUAUCGGAGAAAAAAUGUGACACACACAUUAGCAGUUGCUAGCGACCUGUCUCUGACGAGCUGAACAGCAUCCAAGAAACACUGAUUUGUGACAUGAAAUGACUUUAUGCAGUGUUUUUAUUAGUUUAAAUCACCUGGUCCUUUUGUUUUGAAGAAAAGGAGACCUCUGCGCAUCAUUCGGCUCCUGGUAAAUACUCCGUGAAAGUCUGUAUCUUAAGUUAUCAGAGAAAAAAGUGGAGCACACAUUAGCAGUUGCUGGGCUAGCGACCACAAAAUCACUCAUUUGUAAUAUGAAAUUGCUUUAUUCAGUGUUUUUACUGGUUUUAAUCGCCUGAUCGAUUUGUUUUGAAGAGGAGGAGACCUCUGCAGAGAAUUCGGCUCCUGGUAAAAACCUCCUGAACGUCUAUAUCUUAGAUUAUCAGAGAAAAAAGCUGAGCACGCAUUAGCAAGUGCUGGGCUAGCGGCCUGUCUCAAACAUGCCAAACAGCAUCAGAGAAACACAGAUUUUUGUGAAACUGCUUUAUUCAGUGUUUUUAUAGGUUAAAAAUCACCUUGUCUGUUUAUUUUGAAGAGGAGGAAACCUCUGUGGAUAAUUUGGCUCCCAGUAAAAACCUCCCUAAUGGUGACCACUGUGAAAAUUCUAACCAGGAGAAGAGAAUCUUCACCGCUGGAUGCCACUAAACCCCCCCUUAAAUCUUACACACUGCUCCUUUAAAUGGCUCCAUGAGUAGAAUAUCAACCAGUCUAUGUUUACAUCGGGAGAAAAGAAACUACUGUAUGUUCAGGUGACUCAGACGAUACAGUAUUUUUGUAAAUUUCUAUUGUCAUGGAGAGCACCUUUUGUCAUCCUGUCAUGUUUUGAGUGUUUAUUAAUGUGUUUCAGUGUGUAAAUGUAGAUCGAUAAUGCUCAGGAGAUUUUUUGACAGAUUUGAUUGUGGACAAAAAGAAUGUAUAAAGUCGAGAUCCUUAAAAAAAAUAAGGCUUCAAUGUACCAAAAAAAAAAAAGAAAAAAAAAGAAACAGCUGGCAGUGAAGAAUGGGCAUUCAAAGGGUCUUGACUUGUGUACUGGUGAUGACGCUGUGAGGAGACCCAGCUAAAGAUAUUUAUUAAAUGUGAUGCCUUUUAGGUGAUCAUCUCUGACCUCCACUGGGUUGUCAUUAUUCAUGCUUUCACGUUGUGUUUUUCUGUGUGUGUGUGUGUGUGU